AUGUCCGCGCCUGAGACGAGCUCGAGCACACACACAUCCACGUCAAACCGCAUAGUCACAGACGUCGCGACCUCUACCACGCGCACAUCCACAUCAAGCAUAGCCACAGACCUCGCGAGCUCUACCUCUUCGGGAGCAACGGCAUCCUCUGACGCACCGAGCGCGUCCGAUGGAUUACGCACGGGGGCAAACGCAGGUAUUGGGAUUGGAGCAUCCUUGGGAGUCCUUCUACUUGGGGCGUUGGUUGCAUAUAUCAUAUUACUGCGGAGGAGAUUGAAGAAAGCGAGUAGAGAAAAUGCACUGCCUGUUGAAUCUGCGAUACCACCACAUGGUAUUCCAGAGUUGGGGACGGAGGGUCAGAAGCAUGAGCUGAUGGGCGAUAAAGCAUGGCCUAAGCCUUCUGCUGUGGGUACGGAUGGAAGGACACAUGCGCAUGAGUUGGAGUCAUAA